GUUUCAUUCUGUCUGAAAGACGUUCAGAGAGAGAACACCUGCACAGCACAGGAAAUUCCACACAGUAACAAUGACUUCAGGAAAAGGCGAUUUAAGGAUUAUUCUAUUGGGUAAAACUGAAGCAGGAAAAAGUGCAACAGGAAACACCAUCCUGGGAAGAAACGCAUUUAAAGAAAAUAGCAAAAUAUGUGAAAAACAGGAAGGAGAUGUGGAUGAAAAGAACAUUGUUGUAUUUGACACUCCAGGACUAUUCAAUGCAUCUAGCACAAAAGAGCAAGUCAAAGCUGAAAUAGAGAGGUGUGUAAAGAUGUCUGCUCCUAGUCCUCAUGCGUUCCUGCUGGUGAUCAAACUGGGGGUGAGAUUCACAGAAGAGGAGAGGAACUCAGUGCAAUGGAUUCAGGACAACUUUGGAAAAGAGGCUUUACUUCGUACCAUUAUUCUGUUUACUCACACUGAUCUGCUGAGUGGUAAAUCUUUGGAGGAGUAUAUCAGGGAAAGCCACUAUUUACCAAAAUUAGUUGACGGUUGUGGUGGCAGAUAUCACUCAUUUAACAAUGAAAACAGGAGCAACCAACAAGUUACAAAAUUGCUUCAAAAAAUCAAUGGAAUAACGAAGGAACAUGGAACAAGGUAUUACACACUUGAUAUGUUUAAAACAACUAAAACUGAAAUAACAGGGAAAGACAAAAUUAACCUGACAAAGUUUUCAUUUAUUCUGUGUGCUAUUGUAUUGAUUGGAGGUAUAUUACUAGCAACAUGGCAAGUGAAACAGCAGAAUGAGCAGCUGAAAAAGGAACUCAAACUCAAAGAGGAGCAGCUGAAGAAUCAAAUGCAGGAGACACAACAACUGAAAAAUGAGUUUAAACAGAAGGAGGAACAGCUGAAAAAGGAACUCAAACUCAAAGAGGAGCAGCUGAAAAAUCAAAUGCAGGAGACACAACAACUGAAAAAUGAGUAUAAACAGAAGGAGGAGCAGCUGAAGAAUCAAAUGCAGGAGACACAACAACUAAAAAAUGAGUUUAAACAGAAGGAGGAGCAGCUGAAAAAUCAAAUGCAGGAGACACAGCAAGUGACAAAUGAGUUUAAACAAAAGGAGGAGCAGCUGAAAAAGGAACUCAAACUCAAAGAGGAGCAGCUGAAGAAUCAAAUGCAGGAGACACAACAACUGAAAAUUGAGUAUAAACAGAAGGAGGAGCAGCUGAAGAAUCAAAUCCAGGAGACACAACAACUAAAAAAUGAGUAUAAACAAGGAGGAGCAGCUGAAAAAUCAAAUGCAGGAGACACAGCAAAUGACAAAUGA